GUGACUCAGCAAGUUCUCGGGUGAUAUUAUUCUAGCAAGUCUUUCACCUUGUAGCCAGCAGUGUUUCAAGUAUCGAUGGCUCUUGUAGCAAUCGUUGAGCCCGUACGGUCCCUAUGAGUCCUGAAAAUGAAUUAUAGCGUGAAUCACACCCGCACAGACGAAUGCAGACCAAAUGUAUCCCGUGAUUGUGGUCUGUAUGCGGGCUGACCAUAUGCCGAUACCUGCUGAGAGUGAACAACGAAUAUUCGUUUGCGCAUUGUGCAUGUGUUACUACGGUGGGAUAUUAGAUCAACAACUGCCACUAUUAUUGACUAACAAUACACUAAUCGAUGGGAUAUCAGAUCAACAACUGCCCCUAUUAUUGACUCAUCAUGCUCUGACAAAGGCUGCCCUGGAAUGAAUAAAUUUCCAUCACUGGCCUUUCAUCUCAACCUAUAUGACCCUAUCAAGUGACCCUAAUCAGACUCCAGCCAAAGCCCGAUAUGACUUCUUCCACCCCCAAGCCAUCAUCAGGCUAUGGGCACGAAGACCCCUUCGACUCUGGUUUCCUCCCAGUCGGCGACAUCCACAACAUCUGGUACGCUCAGUAUGGCGCGCCCAAUGGCCGACCUGUCAUGUUCCUCCACGGCGGUCCCGGAGGCGGCACGAAACUGGCCAACACAUGCUUCUUCGACCCCGAAGUCUAUCGCGUGGUUCUUAUGGACCAGCGCGGAGCAGGCAAGUCAACACCUGUAGCUGAGAUCCGUGAAAAUACCACACACCACCUUGUCGAAGACAUAGAGCAGCUGCGGAAGCACUUGAACAUUGACAAGUGGGCCAUGGUCUUUGGUGGCUCGUGGGGAUCAUCCCUCGCACUCGCGUAUGCACAGGGACACCCACAGGUUGUAGGCGCUCUCGUUCUUCGAGGGAUCUUCACUGUGCGAAAGAGCGAGCUGGUGAAUAACUUUGGCGCGCACGGGGUCAUCAGCCAGGUCUUCCCAGAGGAAUACGACGAGCUGAUGCAGUACCUGCGCUCCCAGUCCACCAAAGGCCCUCAGAGCUUGGACGAACCGGCCACGAUGCUGAGCGAGUACUACCGCCUCCUGUGUCAUGAGGACCCGCGCAUCCAUAAGGCCGCUGCGCGCGUCUGGAACAAGUACGAGACCACGGCGAGCACACUGACCCGUGACCCUGGACUCAUGCAGAAGGUCGUUCGGACGGAGAAAUGGAACAUUCAACAAGCUCGCAUUGAAUGCCACUACUUUGUCCACGAAGCAUGGCUUGAGGAUGGCAUCCUGCUGAAGCCAAGCAGCCUGGAGCGCAUCGAGGAUAUACCAUGUGAGAUCGUCCAGGGCCGCUACGACAUGGUGUGCCCGGCUCGCACCGCGUGGGAGCUCCACAAGGGGCUGAAGAACUCAACGCUACACAUGAUCCCCGACGCGGGACACAGCGCAAAUGAACAUGGUACAAAGGCCAAGCUGAUUGAGAUCUGCGAUAACAUGGCGCGGAUGUAA